AUGAGAACCACUAAAGUACACACAUUCACACAUUAGAGAUAUGGAGGAGUUCAAGUCUUCAAACAAGAAUCACAAGGAUGAUGAUGGUGUUGUUCUUCCAGGUUUUAGGUUUCACCCAACUGAUGAAGAGCUUGUUGGAUUUUAUCUUCGACGAAAAGUAGAAAGAACCCUCCGGAUAGAACUCAUAAGUCAGGUUGAUAUCUACAAAUGCGAUCCAUGGGACUUACCUCUGCCCAAGGUUGGCGUUGUCGGAACAAGGAAUUUUUUUUUCUGCAUGAGAGGAAGAAAGUAUAGAAACAGUGUAAGACCAAAUAGAGUUACUGGAUCUUUCUGGAAGGCGACUGGAAUUGACAAACCCAUAUAUUCUAGUGGGGAAACAACUCAAUGCAUCGGCCUCAAGAAAUCCUUAGUCUAUUAUAGAGGAAGUGCUGGAAAAGGAACUAAAACUGAUUGGAUGAUGCACGAGUUCCGGCUCCCACCGGUUGGACUCAUUCAACUUCAACCCAACCUAAUCCAAGGAAUAAUAUUGCUCAGGAAACUGAUGAUUGGACGCUUUGCCGAAUCUUCAAAAGGAAUGCAUCGUCCAAAAGGUAUAAACCAGACUUGAAACAUGCCUGCAUUAAAGGAGGCUCUGGGGCUGCAAGUUCAAAGCCAUGCAGCUUACAAUCUCAAAACAGUUGUCAUCCCUACACAACCCUUGAAGAUGUUGGUUUUCAACAAAGGACAAAUGCAGCUGCAGGAAUAGAUGUUAAUCACAGCAACCAGUUUUUGGCAGCGCAGGAGCAGAUUUUAUUGGUAGCUCAAACCUCCUACUCGUCAUCCAGCUCCAACUUUUGGAAUUUAAAUGGUGAUGAAUUCUUCAGAGACGGACGAUGGAUGAACUGAGCCCUGUUGUUGACUCAGCUGCUGAUAUGAGUAACCCUCUGCUCAUUAUAGGUAAAAGUUAUGAUCUGCAGUCUGAAUUGCCGAACUUUUUAAGACUAAUUCCACUUUGCACUCCAAACUUGUACCAGUUUUUCACUUUACAUCCUAAAUUUCAAUUUUGAAUACUUUGCAGGUUAAACUCUCAAUUUUAGACAAUUUACACCUUAAACUUUUAAAUUUGUCUCAUUUAAGUCCAAUCAAUAACAGCAUUAUCAAAAUUAAUAAGAUAAAUGGUGGUGCGAAUUAAUGACAAAGUAAUAUGUUGUUCUACUGAUUGUGAUACUUUGACUCCUUUGACAGUUCUUAGUACAUUAUUACUGAUAUAUAUGGUCCGAAUAACUAAUAUCAUUAGCAAAAUUAAUAAGAUAAAAGAUGGUAUAAAUUAAUGACAACGUAUCCUUUUUAUUCUAACUACUAUACCUUGACUCCCUUUCACUACUUUUAGCAAAAUUAUCAUUGAUUACCGGGGUUCUCUAUGUGUUAGUUUUCAGUAAUGCUGUUAUUGGUUGGACUUAAAUGUGACAACUUGAGAAAUUACAGUGUAAAGUGUCCAAAAUUGAAGUUUAAGAUACAAAGUGAAUAAUACAAAUUUAGACAUGCAAAGUGGAAUUAAUUAGUCCAGCUUUUUACUAGGGUAGUCUGGACAAUGAUGUCGCCAGUGAUUAAGAUAUGAAAGGUUCAAUAUAUUGUAAAGCUAGCUAGAUAAAUAUUCUGGCAGUAUUUGGAGAUUAUGUUGCAUCAGUUGAUAUUUGAAUCGGAUUGGGUUUCAGGGUAGUCUGUACAAUGAUGUCGCUAGUGAUUAAGAUAUGAAAGGUUCAAUCUAUUGUAAAGCUAGCCAGUUAAAUAUUCUGGUUGUAUUUGGAGAUUAUGUUGCAUCAGUUGAUAUUUGAAUCGGAUUGGGUUUCAGAAUCA